GAGAGGAGGGGACGAGCCGAGCAGGGGAGACCCGCCGCCUCCCUCCCUCGCUCGCUCGCUCGCUCGCUGACUCGCUCCCUCCCAGGGCUGCGGCUGCUGCCUUUGCAGCAGCGGCGGGAGCAGCAGUCUGGAGCCCGGCGUCGAGGUGAGACCCGGACGCGCCGAGGCUGCGGGACCGGUUGCUGUCUCCACUGCUCCAUCCUCCUUGAGAGCCUCUCCCCUCUCCCAUCCCAAAAUGGCAGCCAGCAGUUCCGAGGGCUCAGAGAGGAAGGGGUUUGAGGAGGACCUCCAGAUCCGGGGGAGAGGGCCUGGCUCUUCAGAAGGGGGAACUGGCCCUGUCCCAGCCGGGGUCCCAGAUGAACCAAAGGCCCCGCAGCCAGGCCCAAACACUACAGAGGCCCCUGUGAACCCAGAAACUACAGGGGCCCCAGUAAACCCAGAUACUACAGGGGCCCCAGUGAACCCAGAUACAGGGGCCCCCGUGGGCCCAGAGGUGGAGCCAACUCCAGAAACCACAGAGACCCCAACUAAAGCCCCAGAAACAACCCAGGCCAGAGACCUCAACUCAAGCCCAGGAGGGAAUUCCAAGGCCAACGCCAGUCCUGAAGAAGCUUGCCAAGAUCCAGCAUCCCAACCGGAAGUGAGCAAAGAGGCCUCUGCAGCUCAGGGGGCUGCUGAGCAGCCCACAGCCCCCCCGGAGCCAGACUUGGAGCCCCCUCCCCAGCCAGCUCUUCAGCCCCAGUCCCCUAACCAGGCGGGUCCUACCCCCGAGGUCCUGACUGAGAGCGGGGGAGGAAAACAGGAGAAUGGGGCAGUGGUUCCCCUGCAGGAGGGCAAUGGGGAUGAGGGCCCAGCCCCGCAGCCUCACUCACCACCCUCCACCAAAUCCCCACCCACCAACGGGGCUCCCCCUCGGGUGCAGCAGCUGGUUGAGGAGGACCGAAAAGGAAGGGUUCACCACAGUGGGCAUCCAGGAUCUCCCAGAGGCAGUCUGAGCCGCCACCCCAGCUCCCAGCUGGCAGGGUCUGGGGUGGAGGGGGGUGAAGGUACCCAGAAACCUCGGGACUACAUCAUCCUCGCCAUCCUGUCCUGCUUCUGCCCUAUGUGGCCUGUCAACAUAGUGGCCUUCGCUUACGCCGUCAUGUCCCGGAACAGCCUACAGCAGGGGGAUGUGGAUGGGGCCCAGCGUCUGGGCCGCGUGGCCAAACUCUUAAGCAUCGUGGCAUUGGUAGGGGGGGUCCUCAUCAUCAUCGCCUCCUGUGUCAUCAACUUAGGAGUGUAUAAGUGAGAGGCUUUGCCCUGCAUCACCAGACUUUUCUUCCGGUUGGGAGCUGCCUUGGGCCUACCCUUCCCUGGGGGAAGCCCAAUCGAUGACCCAGGCCUGAACCCAUAGGGACCAAGGGAGCCUGAGCAGCCUUGUUUACAGCUUCUUCCCUGCUCCUGCAUCCUGCCAGGCUCCUCUGCCAACUGUAGGCCUCCGUUCUCCUGCACUGUUUCCAACCUCCCUGUAUGUCUGCCUGCAUCUCCGCCAACCUCCGGGCCUCCCUGGCUCUGCAUUUCUGGAAACCUCCCUGCACUUCUGGAAACCUCCCUGAACACCUCCCCAACUCUGCACUCGGCUUCCCUUGCAUCUCUGCCCACCUUCUUCCAAUCACGGGAAUUUCCUGCACCUUAGCUUGGUCUCCCCUCCCAACUUCCAUUGUCUUGGCAUCUUCCUCUAUCUGUUUCUUUCUCAUAUUAGAUACCUCUUCCCCCUCCACCUCCUUUUUCCUCUCCCUCUGCAGCCUUCCCUCCCUUCAGGAUCCUCUCCUCUAUCCACCCUCUUGAGAGGCUCAUUCUGCCAAAACUCCAGUUUUUACUGGGGAAGGCAGAGGGUGUCAAGAGUUGGCUCCCUAACCUGGGGCUCCGACUGCUGGGACCAUCCAGGCCCUGAAGCAUGCUGGGGUGGAUGGGGAACCUGCACCUUCAGUCAAGAAAGGCGAAGCUGCUGACCUCCCUCAGGUUGACUCAAAUCACCCCACCUGGCCUUUGGAACCCAGCUUCGGAAUUCCUUUUUUUAUUAUUAAAAGGACGCGCCGGGGCUGGAGUCCUUCUCGGGUUUUAGAAACAGCACCCCCACACACACACCCUGUAGAACCAAAGCUCCGAGCUGAAGGUGCAGGGAGGGGCGGACGCUAACUAUUUUUUAUGAGGACCAGGAGGUUGCAUUUCUGCUGGGGAGGCUGGAACUGAACUCACGCGCGGUUCGGAGUUGGCGGAAUUUUGUUUUCUAAAAACGUGUGUGUGUUAUAUGGGGUGGCGGGUAAACCAACACACACACACACACACACAAAGGAUAUAUCCAAACUGAUUCUCCCUUUUUGUAUGCCGGAUGCUGCAUGAGUCUGAAACACCAAUAAACGCAGACUGCAUGAGACCCGC